AUGGAUGACUCAAUUUGGGCUCUAAUACUUACUAUUGGGAUUGACAUAAUUUUAUUCUCCCUUGAAUUUUGUGCGUUCUCUAUUUAUCGAAAAUAUAGAAAUAAGCCGAUAAAUCUUAAAUUAGAAGAAAGAGAAAUAAAAGUUCCUAUUUAUUCUGAAUCAGACACCCCUCUGCGUGUUCUAUUUAAAAACGUUUGGAAAAUUCCUUUUUCUGAAAUGAGCUAUUAUAGUGGGAUUGAAGGGCAGCUCUAUUUAGCUCUGCAUUUAGUUUUAGGUGGAGGAAUGAUAGCUUUUGCUGUUUUAGGCUGUGGGAUAUUAAUCCCAGUUUACGCAUAUUACGGCGAAUCUGAAAUAGAUAAAAGCAUGAAUUAUAUAAGCAUGGCCCAUAUAUUAGACCAAUAUGAUAUAAUGGCUGUUGUUCUGGUAUUUUUCGUUUUAUUUACCAUCCUCAUGUUUGUUGUCAUUAGUGCAUAUAUUGGACAUGCAUCAACUAUUCACUCAAAACCUUCUGAAUUAGUUAAUACAAUAAAUAAGUAUACAUUUGAAAUAUGGGGAAUUCCAAGCAACAUAAAGCCGCCUCAAGCAACAAAAGAAGUAUUUGAAUUAUUAAGAUCUCAAUAUGGAAAUGAUAUACAAAGUGUGUACAUUGUCCCAGAUUUAGCAGAUGCUGCAAAAAUUAAGCUGGAGUUAGAUGAAGCAAAAGCUCGCCUUCAGCAUUUCAAAGAUUAUUACCUUGUAAAAGGUGAAUAUGCCAAAAUUAGUCCUAAACUAUGUGGAGAAAAGAUUGAUGCUAUCCAAUAUUAUGAAACUAUCGUAAAAGAUUUAACUUUGAGAUUAAAUGCAGCCACUGAGUAUGGUAAAAAUGAAUCUUCAGGAAUAGCUUACGUUUUAUGCAAAUCUCCUAUAGUAGCAUUUAAUGUCGUACAGAAAUUCCAAGGGAAAAAAGACUCAUUGAAUUCUUGUGCAUGAAAUUUGCAUUUAGCUCCUGCUCCUGGAGAAAUCAAUUGGCAUAAUAUGACUACUAAAAGGCAUAAAUUAUGGGUGACUCGGCUUAUGCUGUGGAUUACAUUUAUUAUAUGCUUCUUUUUAUUAAUUACACCAUCAACUCUGUUACAAAUACUAGUGGAACUUUUAGAUCUUGUAGGUGCUAAAUCUAUUUACCAAGGAGCUAUUAGCCAGCUGGUGCCAUCUCUGAUACUUUUGCUAUAUCAAUCUGCUAUUGUAAGGGUCAGUGUAAACUAUAUUGUGAAAAAAGAAGAACUCGGCAAUAAAAGUGAAGAAACAGUAAGUGCUUUGUUUAAAUUCUUGCUUGUAAUGGUGACUUAUACUUUUAUUGUGCCAUUAGUUGGAUUUCAAGUAUACUCAAUAAUCACGAAUACUCUUCUAGGAGAGUUCGAUAGAUGGAAGACUUCCCAGGCAAAUAUUUUUGCCUAUGAAGCCCAGUUUUUUACAAUUUUUAUGAUCCAUAUGACUUUUUUCAAAAAUGGGGCUGAUUUUAUGCAAAUCCCAAAGCUAAUUAGGGUGAAGUUCAGGCAAAGAGCAGCAGUGAAUGAAACGGAAAGAAUGCUUGCAUAUGAAGUAAAUUCUAUAUAGGCAUACGAAUUCAGGUGGGCUUAUGAAUAUGGGAUUUCAAUAUCCUCGCUUAUUAUUAUCCUUUCAUUUUCUGUGGCAUAUCCAAUUAUUUUGGUUGUGGGCGCUGCUUUUUUUAUAUCAAGAGUAAAAUAUAUUUAGUACUGGACUGCAAAAUAUAACUUGUUGUGUUUUUAUUGCACGGUAAAAACGACAACUGCAGAUCGAAUUCCACGAAUGAUGACAAGAUAUUCUAAUAUUUCUGAAUAGAAAUACUCCAUUUGAGUUAUAAUUUUUAAUUUUUAAUGCUUUAGUUAGAAUUAAAUAGCAUAUCUACUCGUGGCAACACUAUUUUUCCAAUUGAUGACAUGCUAUUUUCUCUUCUUGAGUAACUCAAUUACCUAUUUUGCAAUCUCAAUUGUCCUUAUUAUUCUAUCAAUAAUUAUUUUCACCCUGGUAUAUUGAAAAAGUCUUGACAUUGAAAAAGUUCUGAAGCUCGGAUUUAGUUCAGAAACGUUCGAGGAAGAAGGACUCAUAUUUGAUGUAGACAUAGAAAAAUAUUAUCAUCCUUUAGAAACUAGAAAACAAUUAAGCCUUAAAAAGAUUGGGGAAUUAUAA